AUGAGCACAACAACAGUAACAGAAGUCAAGCCCACCAAGGCAAACAUUGGCGUCUACACAAACCCUGCACACGAGCUAUGGGUCGCAGAAGCAGAGCCGAGUCUGGAAGAGGUGCAGAAGGGCGGAGACCUCAAAGUAGGCGAGGUUCUUUUGAACGUGAAGAGCACGGGAAUUUGCGGCAGUGAUAUCCACUUUUGGCAUGCUGGCUGCAUUGGCCCCAUGAUCGUAGAAGACACGCACAUCCUCGGCCACGAAUCGUCCGGCGUAGUCAUGGCCGUCCACCCGUCCGUCACAUCCGUCAAGCCCGGCGACCGCGUGGCCAUCGAGCCAAACAUCAUCUGCCACUCCUGCGAGCCCUGCCUCACAGGCCGCUACAACGGCUGCGAAUCUGUGCAAUUCCUUUCCACACCCCCCGUUACCGGGCUGCUGCGCCGCUACCUCAAGCACCCAGCCAUGUGGUGCCACAAGAUGCCCGACAGCAUGACCUUCGAGGACGGCGCGAUGCUGGAGCCGCUCAGCGUAGCGCUCGCGGGUAUGGACCGCGCAAAUGUGCGACUAGGCGAUCCAGUCGUGGUGUGUGGCGCGGGACCCAUCGGCUUGGUAACACUGUUGUGCUGUGCGGCUGCCGGCGCGUCGCCGAUUGUCGUAACAGACAUUGACGUUGGGCGCCUGGAGUUUGCAAAGAGCCUCGUCCCCAGCGUUCACACACACAAAGUCGAGUUCACACACACACCGGAUGAUUUCCGAGCUGCUAUUCUCAAGCUUACGGAUGGCGUUGAACCGGCGAUUGCUAUGGAAUGCACAGGCGUCGAGAGCAGUAUUGGCAGCGCGAUCCAGACUGUCAAGUUCGGCGGGAAGGUCUUCGUCAUCGGCGUGGGUAAAAACGAGAUGAAGAUUCCGUUCAUGCGAUUGAGCACACGGGAGGUCGACCUGCAGUUUCAAUACCGGUACUGCAACACAUGGCCCAAGGCAAUCCGGCUGGUCAAGAGCGGUGUGAUUGACUUGAGUAAGUUGGUUACCCAUCGGUUUAAGCUGGAGGAUGCUGUUGAGGCUUUCAAGACCGCGGCAGAUCCCAAGACAGGGGCAAUCAAGGUGCAGAUUCAAAGUCUAGACUAA